UGUGACAGCUGCACACUUGACAGCUGGAAAGGUAGUAGAAAAAUUUCUUCCCGACAUCCAUUUGGUCUUCUUUCAAAACAAAUAGUUUUUCAAUCGAGCUAGUAAAAUUUUAGAUAAACUUUUCAAAAGAAAACAUUUUUGCUGCAAAGAAGGCCUUUAACAAUGGCAUCCUUAAUGUUGGUGAAAAACUCCAUUGCUGCAAAAAAUCACAUAAGGCCACUCGGAGUCUUGGUCCUCCGUUCGUCGUCUUACUCCACCGACGGCCCUCGACCAUUGAAAACAACCAAUCUUUCCUCAAUUAAAAGAGGCACAGGAGGUCGGAGCAGUUUCAAUGGCAUUGUUGCCACUGUGUUCGGCUGCACUGGUUUUGUCGGUCGAUAUGUGUGCAACAAACUUGGAAAAGUUGGCACACAGAUGAUUCUUCCCUAUCGAGCUGACCAUGGUGAAGCUAUUCGUCUAAAAGUCUCUGGUGACUUGGGACAAGUUCUUUUCCACUUUUACAACUUAAAAGAUGAGAAUUCGAUUCGUGAAGCUGUCAAGUAUUCGAAUGUUGUAAUUAAUUUAGUCGGUCGGGAUUUCGAAACCAAAAACUACAAGUUCGAAGAUGUACACGUUACUGGGGCGAGGAAUAUUGCCAGAAUUUGCAAGGAGAUGGGCGUUGAACGUUUUAUCCAUCUUUCUGCUCUCAAUGCUGAGCCAGAUCCAAAGGGUCAUGUUUUGAAAAAUGGAAGCAAUUUCCUGAGGAGCAAAUAUUAUGGAGAGCUUGCGGUACGUGAAGCAUUUCCAGAAGCUACCAUUAUCCGUCCUUCGGAUAUUUAUGGGUCAGAAGAUAGGUUUUUGCGAUACUAUGCUCAUAUCUGGCGUCGCCAAUUCCGUGCAUUCCCUCUUUGGCACAAAGGAGAGCGCACUGUAAAGCAGCCGGUUUAUGUAAGUGACAUUGCUCAGGCAAUUCUCAAUUGUGCUCGAGAUCCGGAUACUGCGGGAAAAGUCUAUCAAGCUGUUGGUCCUAAACGCUAUCUUUUGAGUGAUUUAGUUGACUGGUUCCAUAGAGUUAUGCGAAAGGACGAAAAGUGGUGGGGAUAUUUGCGAUACGACAUGCGUUUCGACCCAACUUUUAUUAUGAAAGCUAAAUUGACGGAACUUAUUUGUCCUGGAAAUCCGAUUGGCGAACUUCAUAUGGAACGUAUCGAGCGGGAGUGCGUGACUGACAAUGUUUUGAGUGGUGUCCCUACCCUCGAGGAUCUAGGUGUUAAUUUGACACCAAUGGAAAACCAAGUUCCAUGGGAACUUAGACCAUAUAGAGCUGCUUUAUACUAUGAUGCUGAAUUGGGUGAAUUUGAAACACCAUCUCCACCAAAAACACUCAAUGCGCGUGAGGAGAUGAGGCUUUUUGGUUAAACGAUGUAAAAGAUUUCAUGUUGCGACUUUAAAGGGUUAAUAAAAUAUUUUACAAAAGUCA